CAUGAGCAUCAAUUACUAUAGCCCGAGGAGUACGAGCUUUAGCAGCCGAUCCCUCGGAUCAGUUCCGAAUCGAAGCUCUUUUUACCGAGCCAAUUCGGGCAGUUUUCAGCCGGGACUCUUCCGAGGAUCCUUCAGCGCUUUGUCCAACUCUCCCCUCUCUACCUCGACGCCUUUCCUCCUCUCCUCGCUGUCUGCUUUGGAGAUCGAUCCCAAGCUGCACCAGAUUCGCACGGAAGAGAAGGAACAGAUCAAGGGGCUCAACAACCAGUUCGCCUCCUUCAUUGACAAGGUACGCAAGCUUGAGCAGCAGAAUAAAGUGCUGGAGACACAGCUGAAACUUCUGAAGGGCAAAGACCAAUACAAAUCCAAUGUGAGGCGUAUUAUGACAGCCCACAGCCAGCCCCUUAAGCAGCAGAUAGACCUGCUCAAUCAAGAUAAGAUGAAAUUGCAAAAUGAGCUGGGCCAAACACAGACAUUUCUGGAGGAAUUAAAAAGCCAGUAUGAAGAGGAAAUAAAUCACCGUAACCAACUGGAAAAUGAAUUUGUGGUGACAAAAAAGGACCUGGAUGAUAUUUACUUGCAGAAAAUAGAUGUUGAAUCCAAGCUGGAGAGCAUCACAAAUGAAAUCAAAUACCUCAAGCAGCUCUUUGAAGAGGAGAUCAAGGAAUUGCAAUCUCAGAUACAAAAUGCAAUGAUCACUGUGGAGAUGGACAACAACCGUGAACUGGAGAUGAAAAACGUAAUUGAUGAGGUGAAAGAACAAUAUAAAACCAUGAUUGCCAAGAGCCGUGAUGAGGCUCAACAGUGGUACAAAAACAAGAUUGAUGACAUUGUAAGACAAACUCAGAAACAUAAUGAUGAGAUGAAAAGCAUCAAAAGUCAAAUUGCUGAAUUGACUCGCUAUGCUCAGCAUGUCAAUGGAGAAAUUGAAGCCUUAAAGAAUCAACGAGCCAAUUUGGAAAAUGCUGUGGCUUCAGCAGAAGAACAAGGAGAACAGGCUGUGCAAAGUGCUAAAAGUACCGUCCAAGAUCUGGAGGAGGCUCUGAAGCAAGCCAAACAUGACAUGGCCACCAAAAUGAGAGAAUACCAAGAACUGAUGAACCUCAAGCUGGCCUUUGAUAUAGAAAUUGCCACCUACAGAAAGCUGCUGGAAGGAGAAGAAAACCGGAUGGUUGCUCAGGUUCCACCACAACGGGUCAAUGCCAUUAACACGUUAGCUUUUGGCUUUUAUGAUGCACUUGGUCCAUCUUUGUCGAAGGCUGAUCUGGAUUUCCUGCUUGACGCGGCCUAGGCAAGUAUUUCUUAUUUCUUUUUGACAAAUUGUCAGUUAAAUUCCUGCCAUGUCUGUGUGAAAGAUCAAACAUUAAGGUAUUUCUAUGGUAUACAUUUCUGUUAAUGUUACAAAAUAAUAGUUACUUCUAAGAACCUGGGAAUUAUAUUGGGUGUGUGUAGAUAAUCGUGUCAAAAGAAAGCAAGAUAGAGAGAAAUAAGGGAGGUUGCAGAAAUCACACUGCACAUUCCUAAAUAUUGUUAGGGAAUACUAGAUCCCAGAGUUUUGUGGAGAGAUGAUGAUUGUUAAAAUACUUAUAGCCUGUCUGUGUCUAUCCCUUCGAUUUAUAAGAGGGUUCAAAAGGCUAAGAACACAGGAGACUACCAAUUUACAGUGCAAUAUGAAAAGGCAGGAAUGUAAAAGGUAAGAGACCCUGAACCCCUCCCUAUCUUUUGAAAAUACAACUCCCAGAAUGCCUCAUGCCAUCUGGGCCUGCUGAGACUUGUAGUUCUGCUGGAGCUCCAUGACUUUCCUCUCCCUACUUUAAGGAGUGUGGUAUCUAGUCAGGUAGUUAAAUCUUCCAUGUCAACUCUAAGAUUGACAGAACAGAGCAAAUAAGAGACAGGUCAUGUUCUUCUUGUGACAACAACUGUGACUGGGUACUGAAAGAUGAAAGGUGGUAAGGCAUCAUGGACAAUGUGUUACCACAUUGCUUGUAGUGAUGUAGGUAAGUUUAUUUUAGAGCACGAAUAGAGCUUUUCUUUUUUGUUCAGGACAGUUUGAGAAUCUAAAGCCAUUAUUUGUCCUUAAAAGGCUAAUUAGACCUUUGCAAUGGAAGUAUGGCAUCACGUCAGCCCUUGAGGAGCACUAGCCACAGAAUGGGAAGAAAGAACAACAGUCUUCAUUUAAAAUGUUUACAACAUUCAAGUAGGGGAUUAAAUGGAAGAGAAAAUAAACCUAUUUUAGAGAGCUGCCUUUUUAAAACAACACACAAACUUUGAAAUGUUUCACAUAUCUUCCUCUGACAUAUUUUUAUACUGACUUUUUAGAAACAGUAGCUCAAGAAGAUGUUUUCUUCUCAGUUAGAGUAUUAAUGUAUUUCACAGUGUUUUUGUUACUAUUCAGGAGUUUUGGGUCUAUGGGCUGAAUUUGGACUAUCUGCAUUCAAAGCAGAUGUUUUACUGUUGAAAAAAUUAUAUUUUACAUUUCUAAAUAAUUUCAAGUCAUUUCUAUAACAAUAAAGUCAAUAUAGUCAUCAAAAAAUAAAAUUUAAAUUUUUUUUUUCAGUUUUGAGUACAAAGUCCAGAAGGGGUUUUCAAAACAAAACUACCGUAUUUUUCAGAAUAUAAGGUGCACCAGAGUAUAAGA